AUGGGAAAUCAAUGUACUUCUGGUGAAAAUGAUGCAUAUUCUAAAGAUAUGGAAGCUAAAGAAGAGUUCAUCAAAGGACUAAGACCUAGUCUAAGUUAGGAUCACAACAAAUUUAAUGAUGAUGAUAUAAUCGUACAAUAUGAAUACAUAAUGUUAAGGAUGUCAGUAUGAAAUGUGAUACAACUUAUGGUAGAAAAUCUCUAAGUUAAAAUUAUAUGAAGUAAGCCAACUAUGUUCUUUAAGAGAAUAUAGAAAUGAAACUCUACUAUAGUGUAAUUUAACAGAAUAUUCUUUAGGGACUGCCUGUUCAAGGUACUUAGGCAAUACUUUUAUCAAUUUAAACUAAGGAUUAAGCACUAACGAUAAGAUAAGGGAUUGAUUUAGUAAUUCACAAUUAAACCUUUAGAUAUGUUUGAUUGAUCAUAGUGGUAGUAUGUAGGGAGAAAAGAUUAAGUUGGUUAAAAAUUCUUUGAAACACCUUCUAAAAUUGCUCUAAAGUUAAGAUAGAUUAUGUUUAAUUGAAUUUGAUGAUUAAAAUUAUAGAUUGACUAGAUUAAUGAGAGUAACUUAGGAAAAUAUGUAUAAAUUCGAAAUUGCAAUUGAUACUAUUGAGGCAAAUGGAGAAAAUGAUAUUGCAAAUGCUGUGAAAAUGGCCCUGUCUGUAUUAAAGCACAGAAGAUGCAAGAAUCCUGUAGCCUCAAUAUUUUUAUUAUCAGAUGGUGAAGAAGAUGGAGCUUCAGAAAGAGUACGUCAUUUACUUUAAGAAAAAAACUUGAAGGAACCAUUUACAAUCAAUACUUUUGGUUUUGGUAAAGAUUGUUGUCCAAAAAUUAUGUCAGAAAUAGCCCAUUUUAAAGAAGGAUAAUUUUAUUAUAUUUCUGAAAUAUCGAAAAUAGAUGAGUGUUUUGUCGAAGCUUUGGGAGGUCAAGCAUCGGUUAUUUCAUAUAAUUCACAUAUUACAAUAAAAAGCAAGAAAAAUUCAAUUACAAAAGUUUAUGGAGAUAAAUGGUAUCACCAUUAACAGGAUUUUACCUAUUAGAUAUAUCAGCCAUAAUUAAUACUGGGAGUUAGGAAAGAUUAUAUAAUAGAGACUGCUAUCCCAAAUGACAGGAUGGAUGAAAUCAUAACUGUGAAUAUGCAGACAGAUUCAGUUGAAACUAGUGAAAGGUUCUCAAUUGAAUAGUCGAUUAAUGUGAUACCAAAUUUAAAAGCAAACUAGAUUUUUUUUGAGUAUUCAAAUUAUUAUUAUUAUUAUUAUUAGGGAAGUUAUGUCUCAUUAUUAUAGAGUUUAAGCUGCGGAAAUGUUUAGAAAUGCUCUUAAUUUGUGUUAUAAUCAGUAAUACUAAUAGGCUGAAUAAAGCAUAAUCUCAUUAAGAUAACAAAUCUAAAAAAUGAACUUCAACAAUCCACUGAUAAACUUGUUGAACUAAGAUCUGCAAUGUGCUCUCAAAUAUUGUGAUUCGAUGUAGAUAUUGAAACGAUUUUAGGUAUUUCAAUUAAGAGGGCAGACACUACCUUACUCAGUUUUAUAUGAUCCACAUGUAUUAGUAGCCUAGAGGCAUUGAAAUUGUAUCCACUGAUCCGAAAGUGCAGGUGACAUGCGUAUAUCAGAAUGAAUUCCAGAGACAGCAAGUUCUUGAAUUAAGACAAAUGAAGUUGAACAAUCCAGCUUAAUAUUAAGAUUGAAAACAAUGAAGAAGAUGAAUAGAGC